AUGACAGUUAAACAUUCUGAAACUGAUGUAUUAAUCAUUGGUGCUGGUCCAGCCGGAUUAAUGUGUGCUACAUGGUUAUCAAGAUGUGGCAUUCCAUUUCGAAUCAUUGAUAAACGUUCAAAUGAAAUUUUCACUGGUCAAGCUGAUGGAUUACAAUGUCGUUCAUUAGAAAUUUUCCAAUCAUUUUCCGAACUGAGUUUUGAUUUUGCUAGUUUAAAUCAAAGUUGGAAAAUGGCUAAUCAUAUGAUUGAAAUGUGUUUUUGGUCACCUAAUUCUAAUGGACAAUUGGAAAGAAAUUCUCGUGUUGCUGAUACUAUCCCCGGGAUUUCAAGAUUUACUCAAUCAGUGAUUCAUCAAGGUAAUAUUGAAAAAUGGUUUGUUGAUUCUAUUGAUUAUUUUUCAGAAGGGAAAAUUCAAAUUGAAAGACCACUCUUGCCAGUUUCAAUCAACGUCAAAGAAGAAAAUGAGGGUAAGUCCAAUAUUGAUGAUUAUCCUGUUGAAGUGAAAGUUGUCAAGGUAUCAUCGGAAGAAGCCAGACCAGAACAGUAUGGUAAUAAAAACGUUGCUAAUGGACUUUUCCGUCAAUUUGAUGGUGAUCAAGAUAAAUCUUAUAAAGAAAAACCUGCCAGUGAAGAAGAAGAAGAUGGAGAGGUUGAAGAAGAAGAUUGUGAAAUCAUUCAUACAAAAUAUGUUGUUGGUUGUGAUGGUGCUCAUAGUUGGGUUAGAAAACAAUUAGAUAUUGAUAUGGAAGGAGAACAAACUGAUUUUGUUUGGGGGGUUUUAGAUAUGGUUCCAAUUACUAAUUUCCCAGAUAUUAGAAAUCGUUGUGCUAUUCAUCUGAAAGAUUCUGGAUCCGUUAUGGUUAUCCCACGUGAAAAUGAUUUAGUUCGGUUUUAUAUUCAAUUAAAAGAAGUUGAAAGAGAUCCUGCCACUAAAACUGAUAAUAAAAAAUUUACUGGGAAUGUGGAUGAUACUCAAGCCAAAACUAAAGGUAGAAUCGAUCGUUCCAAAAUCACUCCUGAAUUAAUUCUUAAACAAGCUCAAAAGAUUUUUGAACCUUAUACCCUUGAAAUGACUGAUUUAAGUUGGUAUACGGGUUAUCAAAUUGGACAAAGAGUUAGUCCCCAAUUUUCAAAAUUUAAUAAUCGUGUUUUCAUUGCUGGUGAUGCUUGUCAUACUCAUUCUCCUAAAGCUGGCCAAGGAAUGAAUGUUUCUAUGCAAGAUACUUAUAAUCUUGGAUUCAAAUUGGCUUUGGUUUGUAAAGGAUUAGCCAAGCAAGAAAUAUUAUCUACUUAUCAACUGGAAAGAUUAAAAGUUGCUCGUGAUUUGAUUGCUUUUGAUCAUAAAUUAUCUCGUUUGUUUAGUGGUAAACCAAUGAUUCCUAAUUCUGAUAUUUUAGAUGGGGUUGAUAUGGAUGAAUUCCAUCAAGUUUAUCUUGAAGGUAAUAAAUUUGCUUCAGGAACAAUUGUUGAUUAUGAGGAUUCAUUAUUGAUCAAUAAACUGAAACUGAAACAGGAUAAGAAUGAUGAUGGUGAUGGUGAUGGUUUGAUGGUUAUGAAUAAAUUGGCCCCCAAAAUCCCUAUUGGUCGAAGAUUAUAUAGUGUCAAAAUGAUUAGUCAAGCCGAUGGUAGACCAAUUCAUAUUGCUGAUCGUCUUUCAUCUGAUGGUAGAUUUAGAGUAUUAAUUUUCCCAGGAGAUAUUAAACAAUAUCCUAACAAUUUAGAAAUUUUACAUUCAUUUCAAGAUUUAUUAGAUGAUUCCAAAAAUUUUUUGAAAAAAUUUACUCCGUUAAAUGCUUUCCAAGAUUCAGUUAUUGAUAUAAUUACUAUUCAUAAUAAUAAUCGUCAUGAAGUUGAAAUUUUUGAUUUCCCAAAUUUCACUCAUCCAUUAGAUUAUAAACAUCGUUGUGAUUAUUGGAAAUUAUAUUCUGGUAAAGGUGAUACUUAUCAUGAAGGUAAAAUCAAUAUGUAUGAUGAUUAUGGUAUUGAUCCUAAACAUGGAGUAAUUCUUGUUAUUAGACCAGAUUCUCAUGUGGCUAAAGUGGUUCCAUUUUCAAUUGAUGGAUUGAAACAAGUUGAUGAAUAUUUCAAGAAAUUUAUGAUUGAUCAAUCUAAUAAUGUUUUAGCUUCUAAACCAAUUGAUUAUGAUGAUUCCAAAAGAUUUAUUCAACCAAGAUUAGCCGUAUAA